AUGCAUAUCUCAGCUAUGGUUGUUUCGGCUCUGGCCGCUGUCGCUUCGGCCGUCGACGUCCAGGUCGUCUCCGUCGCCUCGACGAACAACACCCUCAAGUUCUUCCCGGAAAAGAUCAACGCCCCCGUCGGCUCCAUGGUCCAGUUCCAGUUCCGCGGCGGCAACCACUCCGUCGUACAGUCCACCUUUGACAACCCAUGCAUCCCCGUCUCCAACGUCAACACCUCGGCAAAGGGCGUCUACUCUGGCUACCAGCCCGUUGCCGCCUCCGCCGCCAAGGGCCAGAUUCCCGUCUUCACCGUCAUGGUCAACUCCACCACGCCCAUGUGGCUGUACUGCUCUCAGGCCAAGCAUUGCCAGAACGGCAUGGUCAUGGUUAUCAACGAGAACACCAAGGCAAACGCAACCCGUUCCAUCGAGAACUACGCAAAGGGCGCAAAGAACGUCGCCCAGGCCCAGAUCCCCGGCGGCGGCGCAGCCGGUGGCUCCAACAGCGGUGGUUCCGCUUCCCCCACCGGCGGUGCCGGCGGCGGCUCCAACAGCGGUGGCGGUUCCGGCAACGGCGGCUCCAACAACGGCGGUGGCGGUUCCGCUACCCCGUCUUCUCCCCCUACUGCCGGCGCCGUCUCCCUCAGCGCACCCGGCACCUUUUUACUCGCUCUCGGCGCUGCCUUCCUGCUCAUGUAA